GCCGCGAGGGUUCAGAAGCGUUUGCAAAACGGAUCCCAGGGAGCUUCCGGGUCCGUCCAACAUGGCGGCGCACCUGAAGAAGAGAGUCUAUGAAGAAUUCUCCAAAGUGGUGGUCCAGCAACAGCAACAUGAAGAAAUCGCAGCCAAGAAGCUCCGGCUGACCAAGCCAAGCAAGUCCGCAGCUCUCCACGUGGAUCUGUGCAAGGCCACGUUGCCUGCUGAUGCGCUGCAGUACCUGCUGCAGUUUGCCAGGAAGCCAGUCGAGGCUGAAAGCGUGGAAGGUGUCAUCCGCAUCUUGCUGGAGCAUUUUUAUAAGGAGAACGACCCCUCCGUCAGACUGAAGGUGGCUUCCUUGCUGGGCCUGCUCUCCAAGACUCCUGGGUUUUCUCCCGACUGCAUUCUGGACGACGCUGUGAACACACUUCAAAACGAGAAGUCACACCAGGUCCUGGCUCAGUUGCUGGAUACUCUGCUGGUGAUCGGGAUGAAGCUCCAAGAGAGCCCAGCGGUACGGGUACGCCUGGUUGACGUCGCCUGCAAGCAUCUGACCGAUUCCUCCCACGGAGUGCGGAACAGAUGCCUCCUGCUGAUUGGAUGCUUGGGGACCAUGGAAAAAGGCGCCUUGAAAGAAGCAGAAGGCCAGCCCGCCAAAGACGUCCAGAAGAUCAUAGGGGAUCACUUCAACGACCAAGAUUCUCGAGUGAGGACCGCAGCCAUCAAGGCGAUGCUCCAGCUUCACGAAAGAGGAUUGAAGUUGCAACAGACAAUUUACAGCCAGGCCUGUAAACUCUUAACAGAUGAUUACGAACAGGUCCGGAGUGCCGCGGUUCAGCUUACCUGGGUCCUCAGUCAGCUUUACCCAGAAAGCAUUGUCCCAAUCCCUUCAUCUAACGAAGAAAUCCGUCUGGUCGAUGACGCAUUUGGAAAGAUUUGCCACAUGGUCAGUGACGGCUCGUGGGUGGUGAGAGUCCAGGCCGCUAAGCUGUUGGGAUCCAUGCAGCAAGUUAGUUCUCACUUCUUAGAACAGACCCUGGACAAGAAGCUGAUGUCUGACCUCAGGAGGAAGCGCACGGCCCAUGAACGAGCCAAGGAGCUUUACAGCUCCGGGGAGUUCUCGAGUGGCAGGAAAUGGGGGGACGACGCUCCCAAAGAAGAAGUGGACACAGGGGCCGUGAACUUAAUGGAAUCGGGCGCUUGCGGAGCCUUCGUCCAUGGCCUGGAAGACGAGAUGUACGAGGUCCGGAUCGCGGCCGUGGAAGCCCUUUGCAUGCUGGCCCAGUCUUCGCCCUCCUUCGCGGAGAAGUGCCUCGACUUCCUGGUUGACAUGUUCAACGACGAAAUCGAAGAGGUGCGGCUGCAGUCGAUCCACACCAUGAGGAAGAUUUCCAACAACAUCACGCUCCGAGAGGACCAGCUGGACACCGUGCUGGGGGUCUUGGAGGAUUCUUCCCGAGAUAUACGGGAGGCUCUCCACGAGGUGCUGUGUUGCACCAAUGUCUCGACGAAAGAAGGAAUCCACCUCGCCCUGGUGGAGCUCCUGAAAAACCUCGCUAAGUACCCCACCGACCGGGACUCCAUCUGGAAGUGCCUGAAGUUCCUGGGGGGCAGGCAUCCCACGCUGGUGCUUCCACUCGUUCCUGAACUGCUGGGGACCCACCCUUUCUUUGAUACCCCAGAACCUGACAUGGAUGACCCAGCUUAUAUUGCCGUGUUGGUUCUCAUUUUCAACGCUGCCAAAUCGUGCCCGACGAUGCCAGCCCUCUUCUCAGAUCACACGUUUAGGCACUACGCUUACCUUCGGGACAGUCUCUGUCACCUUGUACCUCCUUUGAGAUUGCCUGGGAAAAAACUGGCGUCCUCACCUGUUUUGGCCACUUGCGCUCUCCAGGAAGAUCCUUCGCAGGAGUUCCUGCAGCAGAGCCUGGAGAGAGUUUUCAACCUUCAGCACUUAGACCCGCAGGGCACCCAGGAGCUGCUGGAAUUCACUAUCCGGGACCUUCAGAGGUUCGGAGAGCUCCAGUCCGAAUUGGCGGGGAUGGCGGACUUCUCCGCUGCUUACCUCCGGUGUCAGUUGCUGCUUAUUAAGGCGCUUCAGGAGAAGCUGUGGAACGUGGCCGCACCGCUGUACCUGAAACAGAACGCCCUGGCAUCCGCUGCAGCGAAACAGAUCAUGGAAGAAACCUACAAGAUGGAGUUCAUGUACAGCGGCGUCGAACACAGGCAGGUGGUCAUUAUCCACCACAUGAGGCUGCAGGCGAAAGCGUUGCAGCUUAUCGUGACGGCGCGGACUUCGAGAGGGGCAGAACCUCUCUUUGGAAUGUGUGAGAAGUUUUUACAAGAAGUGGACUCUUUUCAGAGGUGUUUUAUCGCUGAGCUCCCUCACAUGCAAGACAGUUUUGUGGACAAGCUCUUAGAUCUGAUGCCCCGGCUGGUGACCUCCAAACCUUCUGAAGUUGUCAAGAUCCUUCAGACGGUGUUGCGGCAGAGUAGCUUCCUUCGCCUCCCACUCCCGGAGAAGAUCCACCGAGCGACGGCCACCAUUAUCGAACCAGCGGGAGAGUCGGACAACCCGCUGCGAUUCACAUCGGGGUUGGUUGUUGCCUUGGACGUCGACGCAACUCUGGAACACGUGCAGGAUCCUCAGAACACAGUUAAAGUUCAGGUAUUAUAUCCUGAUGGGCAGUCCCAAGUGAUUCACCCUAAGCUGGCUGACUUUCGAAAUCCUGGACCAGGAAGGCACAGAUUAAUUACUCAGGUGUACCUCUCGCAUACUGCCUGGACAGAGCCCUGUCAGAUCGAAGUGCGGCUGCUGCUGGCGUACAGCUCCGACAGACACAAAACCCCCUCGCGGUUCUCUCGUGCCCCAUGGGCGGACUGUGCGGAGCUUCUCCCGCCAUCUGAGAAUGGCAUCGAAGGGACCAUCCCGUUCAGCAAACCUGCCAAAGUAUACAUCAUGCCUAAGCCAGCCAGGCGGUGA